CUUCCUUCAUUUUGAUCCUCCAGAACAACCCGACCUAUUCCAUCAUUUUCGGCGUUUGAACGCGAACAAAACAUCUUCAUAUUUGAAUAAAGAUCCCGAAUUCAACUUACAUCCAUCAAAUCAUUCCAGAUGGCCAGUCACGAUUACUAUCAGCAGGGUCCUCCCCAGGGUCCUCCCCAGGGUUAUGGUGGUGGCUACCCGCAACAGCCUCAGCCGGCAUACGGUCCUGCUCAAGGCCAGUACUAUGGCCCGCCUCAGGGCCAACCCCAGAUGCAAUACCAGCAACAACCCCCUCAAGAAAGAAAGCAGGGCGGCGGUGGCUGCCUCCAAGGCUGUCUAGCAGCACUGUGCUGUUGUUUCGUCUGUGAGGAGGGAUGCGAGUGCUGUGCCGAUUGCUGCGAAUGCUGUUUCGAGAUGUGUUAAGGGUGAAGGGUCAUUUUGCAAAUAUUGGUGCGAUGAGAUUAUUAAUGCUUCUAUAGCAGACGUGUUCAUCCUAUUUUCUUUUUUUUCUUCAGUUCAUGGUCAAAUCCAGGUUUCGGAAUUAGUUUUAUAUGAUGAUACUAGGCCAUCCUCUUUUGGUUUUUACGAUUUUGGUUUUUACGACAUGGACAAGGAACAUAGGCUCAUUGCCUUUUCCCAAACAGGAUUUUCUUCUGUAACAAAAACACCAUUCACAUGUUAGCAAAGAUGCGU